CAGGAGGGCCACCCUGCCCAAUUAGGGCACGCCGACGUCGGCCGCGGACUUUAAAGUUUUGACUGCUUUUUUCGAUGUGUCAUACGCAUGCGUGCAUUGAGUACGCCUUCCGUUCGAGAUAUCCAUGCUGUGAAUGCGAGAGGUCUAACCAUCGCCAAUAACGAUAUCCCACGUGGUCGUGAAAACGCAAGCAUUCCGAGUGUGGGCACCAAAAAAAGGAAAGCCCCGCUUAUCGCAUCACAAGCGGUGGGGUCGAGCAACACAGAUCAAUUAAUUGAUCGUUGUUGUAUACAACUUGUGUAGCCGAGCAGUAACUGCCCUCUUCAAAGGAAUAAAGGCAGACGGACAUCAAUGGCUUCCUCCUUCAUUAUACGCACUCCGUGCUCCUCUGCCAACAUCGGCCCUGGCUUCGAUGUCAUUGGCCUGGCAUUGACUCUCUAUCUCGAAGUCCGCGUUACAGUCGACUCGACCAAGACCUCUUCGCAACAGCCACUGAAUUGUGUCAUUACAUACGAUGAUGAGAGUGGAAGUACAGAAAAGAUCAGUCUAGAUCCCGAAGUCAAUCUUAUUACCCGGGUCGCUCUCUAUGUACUUCGAUGCCACAAUCAGCGCAGCUUCCCAGUGGAAACUCAUGUGCAUAUCAAAAACCCUAUCCCCCUAGGGCGCGGCUUGGGAUCAUCGGGCACGGCCGUCGUGGCAGGUGUAACUCUUGGAAACGAGGUCGGAAAGCUGGGGUUAAGCAAGGAGCGCUUACUGGACUACUGUCUGAUGAUCGAGCGCCACCCAGACAAUGUCGCCGCAUCGUUGUUUGGCGGCUUCGUGGGAACAUAUUUGAACGAGCUGAAGCCAGAGGACGUCGCCCGCAUUGAGAUCCCGCUUAGCGAAGUCCUUCCAGAGCCUGCUGGAGGCAUAGACACAGGCAAGCAGCCACCAGAACCCCCAGUGGGCAUUGGUCAUUACCGCAAGUUUGCAUGGGCCAAGGAGAUCAAAGCCAUCGCUAUCAUUCCAGAUUUUGUCGUGCCCACUGCCAAUGCUCGAAACGUUCUGCCCAAGUCAUACACCAGAGCAGAUGUAGUAUUCAACCUGCAACGAGCCGCCCUGCUACCCUUGGCUUUGGGCACAUCCCCUCCUGACCCAGACACAAUCUACUUGGCAAUGCAAGACAAAGUCCACCAACCGUAUCGGCAAUCCCUCAUCCCUGGCCUUACUGAGAUUCUGCAAUCUAUGAAUCCGUCCACACAGCCAGGAUUACUAGGUAUAUGUCUAUCAGGAGCUGGCCCGACCAUCCUUGCCCUCGCCACAAAUGACUUUGACGAUAUUGCUACGCGCAUUAUCGCUCGAUUCAAGACCCAAGGCAUUUCAUGCCAGUGGAAACUGCUAGAACCUGCGCAGGAAGGCACCGUCGUUAAACCAAAUUAGGACAAGGGUAGUUCUUGGGACUGCUUGUAAUCUCUACCCGGCCAAUAUUGUACCGAGAUUGUUGAAUGAAUCGAUAGAUUUAGUAUUUUUGUAGGUCAAUUUUGAAUGACCUCCAAAACAGUUAGAUAGACCUAUAUAAUGAAUGGAAUAUACCUCUCUCAACC